AUGAGUGCCUUACGCUAUCACCCCACCUGGUCUAAGUACCUGCUCUACGUGGACAGUACAAAGGCCUUUGCUUCGCUCCUUGUCCCUUUCCAGCCUUCCCAACACAGCACUCGGUCGAGUGGGCUUCGUACAAGACAAAUUAGACCCCCCUUCUCCACUGGCCCUUGCAAAGAAGACGCUAAGGCUCCAGCCAUGGCACAGCAUAAAAUAGAAGAUGCUGGUAUAAUGUAUAUAACUGAAAAAGAAGAACUCAAACAUGAAAAAGAACCUGGAAAGAACACAUCACAUUCAAAACCAGGCGUCAUGAUACGCCGUGUAUAUUAUGCUAAAUUCAUUAACACAAAUGCAAGAACAUGCAAUGAACCAGUUCCCUACAUAGAUUCCAAGAAAGGGUCAGAAUAUCAGGUUGACUGGUGGUCACAUGGUAAAGAACCUGAGCAUCACUUUCAACCACCUUAUGACACUAAGAGCACCCAGAGGAGUGACUUUCAAAAACCAAUGUGCCCAUUGGUUUUGCCAGUCAGACACAGCAAGUUUCAAAAGCCUACUUGUGGAAUAGUUCCACUUGCCUCUCCCGACGCAUCUGCAGAACUUCAAAAGAAAUUUAUAGAACGUAUCUCCUUUUUACAACAAUAUGAUUCCAGGAAAACUCCCAAUGAGCCAAUACGGGGUAAGCGGUAUGGAGUUUUUAUGCAGAUAGAGAUAAAACCAGGGAGUAGGCCAAGCGCCCCUCAGGGAACAGAGGCAGGACUGACUGCUCCAGGGCCAUACUCAUCAGAACAGUCCAAGAAACCAGAGAAAGGAAAUCCAGCAGAGAGCAAAAUGACCUCACCGUGCCUCGGCCAACAAAAGUCCUCAGAGCUGUUAGAGCCUAAAACCCCCUUAUCAGAAACAGACGUCAGAGAGGCGGCCCAGGCCUGCCCCAGGAGUCCCACGGGGAGGAUGUCUGCGGAUGGCGCUCCCACGACUGCAGCGGAUGCUCCGACCACCAGGCACAAUCCUUCAAAUCCGCCAGCGAAAAGUCCAGAUAAAGUACCUUCUUCAGAUAAAGACUUAACCCUCGGAACAUAGAGAAAUUUCAGAAUCAUCAUGUAGGCUCUUGCAGUUGCUUUUUCCUGUUAUCAGUAACCUCAAAACACACAAUUUACAUAAACAAGAGAAUUUUUUAAAAAGACAAUUAUAUCAAAAUUUUAAGAGUGGUCUUAAGAAUUUUUAUUCUCUAAUCUUUUCUCUCAUUUCCACCCCCUCCAUUCUCUCUCUUCGUUCCUUCUGGAACAGCUACUCGUUGAAUGAUGGAAUACUUGGAUUUAUCUUCUAUGCCAUAUAU